AUGCCAAUAAACAUCUCUCAAAAACUCCAAAUCAAGUCUUAUAAAGUGACAGAAAAAUACCGUUUUAAAACCAGGCAAGAACAGAUGAUUGAAGAUUUUCAGAAAGAGCUCAAGGACCUCAGCCCGGCUCUGCUGUCACCUCGCUCCCUCCUCCUGCGCCUCGCCCCCGGCCCUAGCGCGACCCCGCCAGCCCAGCGCCCCCACCUGCACAGGGACAGCCCCUGGCACCGGGGAGUUCUGCCUCCCGCCCGUCCUUCCCCCGCCUCCCCCACGGUUUAUCUCCCGCUGACAGUGAAGCGGAUCAGCGGCCCCGCUGCCCUCCCGGGCCCGCCGGGCAGCGCCCGUCCCGUCCAGCGCCGGCGCCCUCGGCCGCUCCACGCCUCCCCUCGAGGAGCGCGGCAGUGCCCGCGGCCGGGGGACGCCGGCAGUGCCAAGGCGCCGGUUCCGAGCAUCCACCCACUCGCCCGCCCGUGCUGCGGCUCGGCCCUCACCCGGUCGCUAGGCGGGCGGCAGGAGCGGCGGCGGCGCGGCCAUGGCGGGCGCAGCGCGGUCCCGCUCCCCNNGGGCUCGGGGCAGCUUCGGGCGGCGGGGCCGGCCCAGCCCCGCGGGGCCGCGGGUCCUGAGGGCCCUGCGGGUGCUAUGGUGCCGCUCGGGAUGGGCUGGGGGCGGACGGGCCACCGCGGCAGCCACCGGGACCAGCAGGUAACGUGGGAUCCAUCUCGCCGCCUUCCCUCGCCCUCGUGCUGCCGCGCUCCCACCCGCUCCGCCGAAAGCCUGCGAGCCACCGACGGUGCUAAAAGCUCCGAGCGGCUGGAUGUGGGACAUAAUGCUGCGGUAUUAGUGCGCCAGCGGACAUUUAGGGUGGACAUUAGGAGGAAUUUCUUCACGGGAAGGGCGAUCAGAUACCGGAACGGACGGCCCAGGGAGUGGAAUAUCCUGAGGCCGCGCCUUCCCGGCCGCGAUGACCGCGCCGCGGGCAGCACAGGCCCCGCUCCGCCCCUGAGCACCGGGUCCCGCCUGGGCGGGGCGGAACGAGCGGCGCGGGCCCGCCGGCAGCGCCUGGAGCCGUCGCUGGCCUGUGGGGGCCGCUGCUUCCUCUCUUCCCGCCGACGGUCCUCGAGUGAGCGCCCGGCCCUGCUUCCCGCGUGGGGCAGCGCCGACGGCGGGGCGGCGGCCCGGGGAAGUUCUAUGGAAGACAAAACUGGUAGAGAGAACUGCAUAGCUGCAGCUGAUAAAGAAAAUACUGUGUCACAUUCUAAUUGGAUUAAUGGGAAGCCAAAGAAAUUGCAAUGUUCCUCUAAGAGUGCUUUUUCUAUUUGCUAUGAUAAGAGUUUCUUGAGUUUGUUAGUGCCACCCCCUAAAGGGGGCACUUGCCAUCGUUGUGGUCUGUUUGGAAAGCUCAGAUGCUCACAGUGUCUGCAAACAUACUAUUGCUCUGCAGAUUGCCAGAAAAAGGACUGGCCAGCACAUAGAGUAGUUUGUGAUCCCCUUAAACAGAAUUUAAAUAAUAGCAAAGCCAAGACAGGAGUGUAUCUUAAGGAGGAAGUGAGGUUGAGUUUUGCUGUAGAUGUUGUGCUUCCAGAUUCUGAAGACUGCCUAGAUAAAGUUCCCUUAGAAAUGAAGUCUCAUUUAACUUCAGGAAGUGAUGCCAAAGUAGACUCUCCAGGAGUAUCAGAAAACCAUUCAAAGGGAGGUGAAAAAAAAUUACUUGAGGAUGAAGACUGUGUUAAUUCAAUUACCAAGUUUGUCUCUUUAAGUAUUGGAGAUGAAUUUUCUGGUGUGGUUUCUCACAUUCAAAAUCCAGACACCUUUUUUUGUCAGCGGAUGCAAAGUGCCCGUCAACUUGCUGAGCUUGAAGUAUCUCUUAAUGAAUACUGUGGCAAAAUUCCCAGUAGUCCAUCUUUCCGUCCUGCUGCUGGCAAUGUGUGCUGUGCCCAGUUCACAGAAGACAACCUUUGGUAUCGUGCUGCUGUUACAGCUUAUGCUUCUGAAGACACUGUUUUGGUGGACUAUAUGGAUUAUGGUAAUUCUGACUCUCUUCCACUGACCAGACUUCGUCCUAUAAUUCCAAGCUUAAUGGACUUGCCAGCUCAAGCCAUAAGAUGUAGCCUGGCAGGUGUAAAGCCACCAUUAGGAGCAUGGACCUCAGAAGGUAUUUCUUACAUGAAAAAACUGGUGAAAGACAAAGUGUUGACAGUAAAAGUAGUGGAUAAAGAGAGUUCUAAAUCCGUGGUGGAGCUCACAGAUGCAUCAGGUACUCCAGUAAUAAAUGUAUCAAGCCUUCUCAUCCAGAAGGGCUUUGCAGCUGAGGAACUGAGCAUGGCCUUACCAGCAGCCAGAGGGAGUGAUGCUGAGCAAGCCAACAAGGACACAACAAACAAAAGAAUGUGCAAGUGGAUUAAAUUAACUCUUAACCAAACACUCAGUGUCAUAGUAUGUACAGUGUACAAUCCUGGAGAAUUCUACUGUCAGAUUUCAAACAGCCAUGAGUUACUUGCUCUAAACUCACUUAACAAAUCAUUGUCUGAAUACUGUCAGAGAACACCACCAGAUGUUUUUGAGCCUGAGAAUGGAGACCCUUGCUGUGCUUUUUACUCUGAGGAUGGUAACUGGUACCGUGCUGUGGUGCAAAAUGUCACUUCAGAGGGAAGUGUUCGAGUGAGCUUUGUGGACUAUGGAAACACUGAGGAUGUACCACGGGAUAAUAUCCGACAGAUCUCGUCCUCAUUCCUAAAACUUCCAUUUCAAGCAAUUAAAUGCUGGCUCUCAGGUGUAAAGCCUGGAAAUACCAAGUGGAAUCCAGAAGCUACAAGAAGAUUUCAUAUGUACACUUCAGGCUUAGAGCUUCAAGCCACAAUAACUUCCCUUUCUGAAGAUGGGGCAGGUGUAAUUCUUACUGAUAAUUCCACAGAUUGUCCAGCAAUUAUCAAUGAGAUACUAACUUCAGAAAAACUGGUUGUAAAGGAUGUUCUGCAAGAUAAAAAUAACUUUCCAAACACAUCUGUUGACCAAAAAGCAGCCUCACUUGGGCACUGGAAGUCAAUUGAAUUGGCUGUAGAUGAAACCAUGUCUGUCUGUGUAACUGAAGUUGUAAGCCCACACUUGUUCUAUGCUGUACCAGUUCCAAAUAAAGAUCAAAAGAAGCUCCUUAAGGAGCUGAUUUCACUGGGAGACUAUUGUAGAUCUUGCAACAAACAGCCCUUCCAACCAAAACUGGGUGAAGCCUGUUGUGCUCAGUUUUCAGGUAAUGGCAAUUGGUACAGAGCUGUUGUUCUGGAAGCUUCCCAGUCUGCAGUGAAAGUUCUGUAUGGAGACUAUGGCAACACAGAAACUUUACCCCUUUCAAAGGUGCUGCCAAUCACUGAUUCCUAUUUACAGCUGCCUUUUCAGACAAUUACAUGUUCACUUGCAGGAAUAGAGAAAGCUGAGUGGUCUCCAUUAGUGCUUGACAAGUUGAAAAAACUAUUAUUGAAGCAACAUGUUAUAAUUACAGUGAAAGGGAUUAAUGGAAAUGUUAAUUUAGUAACAGUGGAGAAACACUUGGAUGAUGGUUAUGUGAAUGUAGCUGACAAACUUCUAAAGGAGGGCUUGGUCACAUCCUGCAGUGCUAAAAACUCGCAUAGUGAACAUCAAGGUAAUGAAGGUGAGACCAACUGCUGCUGCAAGGAAUUAAAAGUGCAACUUGAAAAGCAUAAACAAGUCCUACUCUUCCUUUUAAACAAGUUUGGGAAUCCAGAUGGAUUCACUGAUAUGAAAAAUCUGUUGAAGCACUAAGUCUCUGACACGCACCAUUUCAUUUUCAUGUCCACCAAGUUGCUGCAGUUCCUUUUUUAGAAGAUCAAGAGCAUCAGCUUAAACAAUGAGGGUCACUUUGUAGAAACUGUGCUGUUUAAGUACUGCUUUUAUCUGUAUGCUUGAUUGUUACUGUGACACAAGUAUGUAACUUGGAGGAUUGCAAAGCUGCAAGCUAAAACUUUGUUCUGUUCUUAUGCCACCAUGUGCUAGUAAACAUUUUGCAUGUAUUUUCCUGUUGAAUGCACAGAAGUUUAUGGAAUGGCCAUUACAUUGUGAGUCUGUUCUGCAGACUUGCAUUUGAAAUUAUUAUAAAUGUAAGGCUCACUUCACUUUGGUACCAUUUAUAUUACUUGAAAAACUUUGUAUCUUCUUUUGAUUACUCAUCUUUCAACCUGAUUUCUGGUCUGAAGUUAGACCUCCAUGUGUUCUUCAUAACCUUGAUUUCAGUAUCAUUAAAGGUUGAAUGUUGUCUUGGACUGCACACAGGUAGUUCUCUCUGAAAUCAGUAAACACUUUAAUGUGCACAGUUCCUUUUUUACACUUAUGCUGUAUAAUAUGCAUCUGUGAAUGCUAUUUUGAAGUGAAUUGUAUUGAAGCUGUUUUUUGUGUGGCUACAUCAUCAGGAUUUCUACCCCAUCAAGUCUUCACAUUGUAAUAAAAAAGACCCAGUCCUGGCUAUGACAAAAAUACCGAAUCAAAUUAUUAAGAGAUUAUCAGUCAUUUCUGACUAAUUCAGGAAUGUCAGACUAUAUUUUGUGGAACACAGUAGACAUUUGCUGAUUGAAACUGCAGGGUCAGCCUUUUUGUCCACUUACAACACUUCAAGUUUGGGCUUUUGCAGAUUAGAAGAAUCUUGAGAUUAAAAUUGUUGCGAAAUA